AUGGACGCUUCAGCAGACGACCCACAGCGGUUCCGUAUUCGCCGUUCGCCUUCCAUCAGCACUUCUGCCUCAACUGUGACUACAGCAGCACGGGUAGGAAAGCGCAAGCUCUCCACCGCCGCAUUCAGCUCUUCUCCCAGCAUGGGCGCACAUCCUCCUUCCUCGCCGAUCACUUCGGAACAUCCCACCGAUAGUAUACACGGUGUUUCGCAGGUCGCCAGCACUUCGCGCUCUACCAUCGACAACGCCGACAAUGGCAGGCCGGCCGCUGGCUCAGACAAGGCGUCCAACAUCAUCCACCAGAAUCCUUCCGCUCAGUUUUCAGACUGGCAGGACCAGCGCCGCUGCAACUCCCUCCUUGCCGAUUUUGAUUACUCUCCCCCAACAGCAGAAGAUCGUCGCGAUCCACGCAGCUCCAACGCCUGCAUCGUCAUGCCCGUCUCCUCAAGUCAAUCACAAGUCAUGUCUGCUAGCGCAGCUCAUGACUUGCAUCAAAGCGACCCAGUCUCACAGCGUGCUUCUUUACAACCACCACCACUGACCUCCUGCGGCGGUGAAUCAGCACAACUCGAUGCGCAGCCAUCCCCUCUCGCCUCCGGCUCGUCAUCAAGGGAACAGCAGAACGAACAAACAUCGGCACCCCGGGCUGCACAGCUUCAGAGUUCCCUUUCGCAAACAAGCCUUUCUGUGCCGCCAAGUCCAGAUCUAGGCAUUUCUCCUUCACCGUCCUUUUCUGCUUUCGGGUAUGGAGCGCAAUCCACUCCUAUUCCCCAACGCCGUCCAUCCUCUGCUGCGCUUCAUCCGCAGACAAGUCACCUUGGGCAGUCACCAGCAGGCCGCAUCUCGGAGACAGUGGCAAGUGAACGAUGUGGUAUCUCGAAACAACAGCAAGUUGUACAUCGUGACCAGGCUCAAACACUUGUCGGUCAUAAACCGAGUUCAGCGGCGGAAUCUGCGCGUCCUUGGUUGAGAACAUCUUCUCUGCAGCUCAGCGAGCCCAAGCAACUAGAGCGAUCGGCACUCCCUGUAUGCGUCCCGGGUAUCCUGCCCCCAGGUGCAAAUGCCUCGCGAUCAGCCUUCCAGCUUCAGCCUGUGCCAGCAGCCAAGCGCAGAAGGAUCGAAGACGCUUCGAUCUCCGACGGAGUUUCCAAGUUCCAUAACCUGCAAACUGUUGACGACGCUCGACGUUGCAGCGACGCCGGCCUUCCUUUCCACCUUUCGCAGGUUCACUCUUCUAGGAACGUCGCCGAAGUGCCGAAAGGUGUCGUUCCUACCGACGACGCGCUUCCAGACUCAUCAUCAAAUAUAGCGCACAAGUACAAUUCCUUGCAUCCUCAGGCAGCCCCAUCUACCUCUUUCACUGCUAAUGAUGCUUCGGCAUCCAUCCAUCGCACCCAAGUUGGGUCCGGUGCAAGCUCCAAGGAGAUCCCGAUCGUUGGACACGGCAUCACCAGCCGUCACGGCAGCAAACACUUUGAGGACGUGCCCGCUUACCCAUCGGUGGCCCCGCCUCGCCCGCAGCAUACAAUCAUCUCGCGCAAGAUGCCCCGCCUUGUUCGUGCCCAAAGUGUGCCCAACCUUCGCGCCAAGGCGACCUUGGACAUCACCGCACCGUCGCAUCAUCGCCUCGUCCUGCCAAGCCACUGGGCUAGCUACGUCUCGUCGCAUGCACGACAAGGUCGCGAAGGAGCCAGCACCUCUGCAAAAUGCGCCAACACACGCUCCUCGAAAGGAUACCCUUUCAAUGUCGCUCAUCAUCCAUCCGGAGCCAACAGCUCUCGCUCGCGCUCCAUCUUUACGCCCACCUUGCAUCCUCCCAUCACGCGCCACACCCUACGUGAACUUGACUUGUUUGAGAUUCUCAAGAAUCCCCAGCUUCGUCACGACGUUGUCUUUGACCCCAACGUUCAGUUCCGCCCUAACUUUGACGGAGAGCGUGGCCGCCGCAAGCGCGAGGCUGGAGAAAGGUACUGGACUGCCGUGGUUCGUGAGAUUGAAACCGGUUGCACUUGCACUGCUUUCUCCAAUGGCCAACUCUUGCCCUGCACUUGCAAGGCAAAGAGGAGCCUGCACAAGAUCGGUGCUGCCGGCACUCGAGAAGCUCCCAAGCCUUUGCAGCAGUCACGCAUCCCUUCGCGCAUCCCUCUCCUGGUGCAGGAGCUGCGAACCAUCUGUCUGUCAAUUCUGCCCUCCAACUACCCCGCCGACGCACUGGCAGCUGACACCGACGUGGCCACGGUAGCUUCGGCGACAGACGGACACAAGGCCGACGAGGCCAACGUCACAGAAGCAGUCACCUCGUCUGUGUCUCAGAAGACAGUCACGUUGUCCCCCUCUGCGACUUCCUGGACGACCACGCAUCACCAGCUCAUUGCGCAGACCCUAGACCCGCACCUCAUCUCCCAAGAGCUGCAGCACGGUGUACUCGACGUCCCUUCCCUGAUCACCUUUAUGGGAUCCAUACUCAAACUCCACUGCGCACCGAUGCGUGAUGAGGCGAUCGAUAAGAUGGUCGAGGUGGUCUGCGUAGGCCGCAACAUUGGCAAGGGUCUUCGACUCUGCUUCGAGAUUCUCGAGCUCAUGAAGCUCGACAUUGCCAACCAUCAGCUACGGUCGGCACGUCCUUUCCUGGUCGAGACGGCAGUCGACUUUGAGAUUCGAUGGUUUAAGGAGCAAAUCGAGCAAGGCAAAAUGUCGCUCGAAAAGACCACCGCCUGGAUUCAGCAGGUGUUGAGCUCUUCGAACGUCGGCGCCGAUACACCUCGCAACGAAGCCAUGAUCAAGGCAUUCAACCAAGGCAUGCUUCAACUUAUCUUUGACGUGCCGGGAUCUCUUCCAUUGCUUUCGCCCGUAGCCACGCCACUGGGCUCUCCAUCUUCAUCGUCGUUGAACAACACGUUUGCUUCUCUUUAUCCCGAGACGUUUCAGUUUGACGCGUACCGCAUGAUGACAUUCCACAACGAUGUCUCGGACCUCACGAUUGUCUACAUGCUGGUGCUGCUCUUCCGACAGCUUUGCAGCACACCUCUGGAUGACGGCAAGGCAUUGCCUGCCUCUGUGGGCAGCAUUGUGCACAACCAGCUCAAGGGAAUCAAGGGUGAAAUCUGGUGCCUCGUCAAUGAUGCCAACCUGUGCCUUUCCAGCUCUAGCGCUCUUCCGCCGACACCGACGGCGGCGACCGGUGCGGGCAGCCCGACGCGCCGUAAUGCUGGCGUCGAUGGCAAGCUCUUCCUCGGCAGUGCUGGCGGAUUCGCCAAGUUGGACCACCCGCGUUGGCGUCGCGCGAUGCAGAAUGUGCUUCUGCAGGUGGCUGCACGUGCUGCGGCUGUUCAAAUGGCUGCUCGCGCUGGCUCAUCAGACCCGAGCACGGUCAAGGCAGCGGCACCAUCGACCGCUACGCAGAAGCUUCUCAACUCGUGGAUGGACACCAACCUGCGCAGCGGAUCGGCGCUCCAUAAGAUUUGCCAGAGUCGUUUGCGCGACGUUGUGCAGGGCAUGCUCGGCGAUAAGGUGCGCAACGGACUGCAACCCUCGCCAUCGGCUGUGGUCUGCGCCUCUGCGCCCCCGUCGAGCGUAGCGAGUCUUGAAGCUGAUCGACCCAAUCAGAAGCGAGCGGUCCCUUCGGAAAUCCGAGAGGACAAAGAUGUUGCCUCGGCUAAGAGGCUUAGAAGCGACGUCUCCUUCACAGCCUCGCCGUCAUCUGACGUUGCUUCCGCUGCCACAGCAGCCUCGCCAUGGGACGCAUCCAUGUCUCGGGCCGGCCUUGAUCCGUUCGCCGCCGAAAUCCGUCUGCUCUCGGAACGCAUUGCUAAAGUGGCCACCUUUCAUUUACGUGUCUUCCGCAAUCUGUAUGAGGGAAUCGAGUCGGGCCGCCACAAGUCUGGAGGCGGUAUUCAACGAUCCUGA